AAAUGGCCACCCCCAUUGUUGCAGGCCACAGGGGCCCCACUGCCAGCCCUGCUGUGAAGAAAGCAGGCUGCCUGUGGCUCCCUCUCCCAGCUUCUUGUCUGCCUGUCUUUCUCUUUCCCAGACAAAGGAUGCCCUCCUCAAAAUCCUGGAGGAUAAAAAAGAGGAGGACUACCUGAAUUUCAUCCUGUUCGAUUCCGAUGUGACCACUUGGAAAGACACUUUAGUUCAAGCCACUCCUGAGAACAUCCAGGAGGCCAGGGAGUUUGUGAAGAACAUUAGAGAUCGAGGAAUGACCAACAUCAACGACGGGCUGCUGACAGGCAUCAGCAUGCUGAACAAGGCCCGGGAGGAGCACACAGUGCCAGAGAGGAGCACCUCCAUUGUCAUCAUGCUGACCGACGGGGACGCCAAUGUUGGUGAAAGCAGACCCGCUAAAAUACAGGAGAACGUGCUAAGUGCCAUUGGAGGCAGGUUCCCCUUAUAUACCCUGGGCUUUGGCAACAAUCUGAAUUAUAACUUCCUGGAAAGCUUGGCCCUGGAGAACGAUGGGUUCGCCCGGCGCAUUUAUGAGGAUUCCGAUGCCAACUUGCAGCUGCAGGUAUGCCUUGUCUUGCACCCCUCCAGGAAUGAGGGGCUCACUCCUUCCUCAGGGAGCUGUGCCAUCAGGUGGUCAUUUCACAUGGCAGCCCCUGAACUGAACUGGCCCACCUGGCUUCAGGCCUCCAUUCCUUGCGCCUCUCACCUUGUCCCAUCCCUGCCCCAGGCGCUCACUGACCUGACCUUCACGGAGGAGGUGGACUUGAAGGAGAUGGAGAAGGCCCUGCAGGAGCAGGACUACAUUUUCGGGAGCUACAUUGAGCGGCUCUGGGCCUACCUCACCAUUGAGCAGCUGCUGGACAAACGCAAGAACGCCCAUGGAAGUGAGAAGGAGAACCUCACAGCCCAGGCCCUGGACCUGUCCCUCAAGUACCACUUUGUGACUCCACUGACCUCCAUGGUGGUGACCAAGCCUGAGGACAGUGACAACCAGAUGGCUAUUGCUGACAAGCCUGGCGAAGGGCCCGAGGAAGCAGUGACUGCCGCCACGGCUUACCUGAGUGACCCUUUCUCUGAUGUGCCCUCAGUGGACGGAGACCCCCACUUCAUCAUCCAAGUCCGAGGGAAAAAGGAUGCCAUCUGCUUCAACAUUGAUGAAGAACCAGGCACAGUGCUGCGCCUCAUUCAGGACCCCAUUACAGGCUUAACAGUAAAUGGGCAGAUCAUUGGUGACAAGGGAAACAGCUCUAACUCUAAGAACAGAAAGACUUACUUUGGCAAAGUGGGCAUUGUCAAUUCUCCGAUGGACUUGCGGAUUGAGGUGACCACAGAGAAGAUUACCCUGAAGAAUGGGGCUGCACAGAGUUCUUUCAGCUGGCUGGACACAGUCACGGUCACCUCGGAAAGAGCGUAUCAGCCAUCUCGCCUACCCUGUGUAUCACAGCAUGUCUCUCCCUUCUCCAGGGGCUACCAGAGAGACUACAGGAAGGAUGUCCAUAAUGGCACACAGGUGGGCUGCUGGUUCGUCCACAACAACGGCCAAGGGGUGAUUGAUGGGGUCCACAGCGACUACAUUGUCUCUGACCUGUUCUGAGUGGCUGGCCCAGCUGGCCUGGCAUCUGGAGCAGGGGCACAGAGCCAGGCCUGAGGGAGGGCUGUGACAAUAGAGGCCUCGGUGGAAACCAGACCGCUGCCAGCCUGUGCAUACCUCUCUCGGGCCCUGCUCUGGGGAACACCAGCUGGGACCUGAGGCAGCUCAAAGGAAGGACUGCCUCCUGGGAAGGCAAAAUCCUGGGCCUACCCAGCAAUGUGGCUGAAGGACAGGGCUGGUUGGCAUCACAGUUUGGCAAGUCAAGUGUAUGAUGAAAAAAAUAAAAUAAAAAAUUGACUCUGGAGCAAAGAGUCUCUGAGAA